CAAGAGUCGACGUGUACAAAAGUCCUGCUAGUCUGCUUCUUGUUCCUGCCUGGGUACCAGCUUCCUUCUGUAGCUUGAUGGCCGAUGCCUGAGGCCAGGGAAGGCAAAGAAGUCAAUUGGCCAGAAUUUUGCAGAUCUGCAGAUCUGUUGUCCACUAUACUACACAACCAGUAGAAAAGACAAGAAACUGACCGGAUCAGUCCUGGUAGAAGCAAUUAUAUUCAAAGAAAAAUAAGCAGGAGAAAAAGAAAGGAAGAGAAAAAAAGAGGAAAGGAAGGAAGAGGACAGACACAAGAUGAAACCCUGUCAAAAAACUGAAGGAAAACCAGAAAAUGAAAGUGAACCAAAGCCUGAGGAAGAGCCAAAAUCUGAGGAAAAGCCAGAGGAGGAGGAAGAGCCAAAGGAGGAGGAAAAAACAGAAGGAACACUUAGAGAAAAGCUGAUUCAGUCUCUCCAGGAAUUUAAAGAAGAUAUACACAAUAGGCAUUUAAGCAAGGAUGAUAUGGUUAGAGAAGUAAAUGAAUUAGAUGAGAUAAGGAGAGUAAGAAACAAACUUACAGUGAUGCGUUGGAAGAUUAAUCGAAACCACCCUUACCCCUAUUUAAUGUAGGUUACUUUGAUUUUUAUUUUUUCUAAUAUUAACAUUGCCAUAUAGCUUUCUUUGGAUUUGCAUUUUCCUGAUAAACCUUUGUUCAUUUUUCUACUUUUAAGGUGUUGCUAUAAUAGUGGUUUUUAGAUGCAUCUCUUGCUUCUACAUCUCAUUGUUUAUCAUAUUUUGAACAAAUCUUUAAGUGUCUGCAUUUUAAUAGGAGAGAGAGCUUUACUCGUUUGUACAAAAAGAGGUUCCUGACAGGAUAUAAAAUGGAAAAAAAAUGUUACUAAGGAAUAUGUGAAUAUCAUAUUUUUAAAAGGAAAGGGUACAUUUGUAUAUGAAAUAUAUGCACAGAAAAACAUGUGAAGGAUAAAAGACAGAAAUGUAUGUUAAGUGGCAAGAUUAUGAGUGUUUUUUAAAAUUCUGCUUACUUGUAUUUUUCCUUAUUCUUAGAAUGUAUGUGCAUUGUUAAAAUAAUAAA